UGUCGCUGCUUGUCCUCGUUUUGCAGCUGAAACUGGCACUCUGUAGAAGAGCCAGAACUGCAGCACCUCCAGCUGGAGCUACAGAUACAGUUUAAUGUUAUUACCGGGUACAAAAUCAGCACAGCGUUUAAAGGCGGUUCACCAUUUUUCUAAGGCGUUUCUUUAAAACCUCUGUCGACGUGGAAUACCCCAGAUGCCCUGGUGAUGCUCUUCGUUGCUAAAAAGACAAGGUACCUGUGCAGGUGUUUGCCGCUAAAUAACUAAUCCACACAGUAUUAGCUCCUUGGAUAUAUGGAAGCCUGGAAAGAUGCCAGAGUCAUCAUAUGAAGACAUCAGCACCAUUUACUGUUACUCUACAAUGCCUCCCUCAAGGCAGUACAGCCAUUCCACAAUGCCUCUUCUGCCUGUUAGCCCUUAUAGUGGUCCCAGUGACUUCUGUACAGAGAACAAUAUAUCGGAGUGCAUGCUGUACAUCAGUCAGGAGCUAUCAUCUCUAGGCUUGCCAUCCAUUUUCUAUGACUUGAAUGGGAUUCGAGAGCUCGAUGUCACGUCGGCACUAAACGGCAUGUACGAUCUGCUGCAGUUACAGCGGCGCACUAUGGGAAUGGUGGAGGAGCUGGAAGUGGAGCAGCUCAAGGUCAGCAGUGACCUACACUGCCAGCAGCUCAGCAGCUCCAAACUCAAGGACCAGCUCGAACUCUCCAAAAAGGAAAACAUCAGAUUGAGAGAACGAGAGCGGCAGCUGGAAAUAAAUGUCAAGUCAUUACAAAGUUGUUUAAAGAAUGAAAAAGAAGAGGUCCAAAAGCUUCAGAAUAUCAUUGCCAGUCGUGCCACACAGUACAACCAUGACAUGAAGAGGAAAGAGAGGGAGUUCAAUAAACUUAAAGAACGCCUCAAUCAGUUGCUGGCUGACAGAAAAGACAAGAAACAGGGGAUGGAUGUUUUAAAUUAUGUUGGAAGGUCUGAUGGGAGGAGAAGUCAGUGGAAAACUGUAAAAACAGAUGCAAGACAUGAAAGCGAAAUGUACAAAACUCUUCUGAAUGAGUUCGAUAAACACCAGAAGGAGCUGAUGUUGGAAAAUGCAGAACUAAGGAAAGUGCUUCAGCAAAUGAAGAGGGAAAUGGUGGGCAUUUUAAGCCCCAAGAAACACAGCCAGAAAGAAGAGAAAUGCACUGAAUUCACAGAUCAGCAAGCAGCAUCUGAUGAGGAGGAGUCUUCAGAGAUGUCUUGUGAACAUGCCCGAGAGAAGCUCACCAACAGCAUUCGCCAGCAGUGGAGGAAGCUUAAACACCAUGUAGAGAACCUAGAUAACAAAGCAUCUAUGGUGCAGCUGGGGAGGGAGGUUGGUGAGCAGAUGAUUUCCAAAGAUGUCCACCAGGAUGAGAUGGAGAGACUCAAGAUGGAGAUCCAGCAGUGCAAAGACUUCAUUCAAACUCAGCAACAGCUCUUGCAGCAACAGCUGAACACUCCUUGUGAUGAGGAGACUGCUGCUGUCCUUAAUGACUGCUACAUGUUAGAAGAGAAGGAGCGUUUGAAGGAGGAGUGGAAGACAUUUGAGGAGCAAAGGAAGAACUUUGAAAUGGAGAGGAGGAGUUUCACAGAGGCAGCCAUUAGACUGGGGCAUGAGAGAAAAAUGUUUGAAGAAGAUCGAGCAACCUGGCUAAAGCAUCAGUUUUUGAACAUGACGUUUACUGAACACAUGGCCAUUAAAACACAGAAUGCCUUGUCAGACUAUUCUGUUCAAGAACAGAAACAUACAUCAGGGCCAAAGACCCCACUCUAGUGAUGGUAGUGUGAUGGAACUCUGCUGUGGAGCAUGCCUUGUCCCAGAGCCAGUCUACAUGAAUAGUAACUUCCAACACAUUUCUGCAAAAAGUGUAUGAAUAAAACUUGGCUUAAUAUUACAAAACAUCACAGGCAAUGGCGCUGUGUGCCAUUUAGAAAUAGAGUCUGAAUACAGGAUAUUUUAUUUUUA